AUGGAAUUAUUUCAGGCGCACGAUCAUUACAUUAUACAAGAUGGAGAGCAUAGCUUGUGGUGUAACCGAUUUGACGGUCGUCUUUCGCCGAGAAGUGGUUCCGAUUUAUGUACGGCCUGGAACCCAGUUUGUCUUGGACAGGUCGAGGGAGUCAUCGGCAAAUUACAGAUUCAUCCAGACUCUGAUUGGAAAUUGUUACUUAUCCGUCAACGUACUCAUGUAGGUUGUUUACCGGAUGGCAGUGAUGUAUAUAGUAUCAACAAAAUAGCUGUUUUACCACUGACAUUGAAUGAACCGACAGACUUAGAAAUUGAGUUAUGCAAGAAACAUCAUUUUGGCAUGACAAAACCUGAUAAAAUAGUUACUUCUCAGGAUGGACAACAGAAAGCCCUCAUCAAGACAUGGAAUUCUAUUAAAUCUGUCACUACUGGUACUAAAGGCAAAAAGAAAGAGUUAAAGGACAGAGAAAAGCUUGAAAGACGAGUGCUAGAAGAACUUCAUAAGAUGUUCAGUGAUUAUGAUUCUUUCUACUAUAGUCCUACUGGUGACUUGACCAACUCCAUACAAAGGCAACAUCUACAUAAAGAUAAAGAUUCUUCUUUUAAACUCAAUCCUGAUGACAGGUUCUUCUGGAAUAAAUUCAUGAUUCAAGAUAUCAUUGAUUGUGAGGAUGCUGCUUUAUCAGAUCACUGGAGAGUACCUGUUAUACAAGGGUUUGUGCAGAUUGAGAAAUGUCAGUUAGAUUUUAGUGAAGAUGAAGAGGCUGAUGAUCCCAUGUUACAAGAGCCAUUACAAUUUACAUUAAGUUUGAUAUCUCGUAGAAGCAGACACCGUGCAGGAACCAGAUAUAAAAGAAGAGGAGUUGACGAAAAAGGUGCCUGUGCGAACUAUGUGGAAACAGAACAGAUCUUGUCCAUUCCUCACCAUACUGUAGCAUUUGUUCAAGUGAGAGGUUCUGUUCCGGUAUUUUGGAGUCAGCCAGGUUAUAAAUACAGGCCGCCUCCUAGGUUAGAUAAAGGCGAAGAAGACACAGAUAAUGCCUUCAGGAGACAUUUUGAUGGAGAGUUGAACAUUUACAAGAAGGUUGCCAUAAUAAACCUGGUUGAUCAGACAGGAAGAGAGCAGAUUAUAGGAGAUGCAUUUGUACAUUAUAUACUCAAUUAUAAUAGUCCUCUGCUCACAUAUGUCAGUUUUGAUUUCCAUGAAUACUGUCGAGGUAUGAAGUUUGAGAAUGUGUCUGUGUUAACAGAAAGUAUUAAAGAAAUCAUCAAAGACAUGCGAUACUGCUGGGUUGACAGAAAGGGAAUUAUUUGUGAUCAACGUAAUGUGUUUCGUGUAAACUGUAUGGAUUGUCUGGAUCGUACUAAUGUUGUACAAACUGCCAUUGCAAGAGUUGUUUUAGAUACUCAGCUUAGAAAACUAGGCAUGCUAGUACCAGAUUCCAUGAUGACACCAGGUGUACGUACAGCAUAUCAACAGAUGUGGGCUAACAAUGGCGAUGCUAUCAGUAGACAAUAUGCCGGUACUGCCGCAUUAAAGGGAGAUUUCACAAGAACUGGAGAACGGAGAUUCUCAGGAGUAAUGAAAGAUGGUUACAAUUCGGCUAACAGAUACAUACAAAACAGAUUUAAAGAUGCUUAUAGACAGGUUGCAAUAGAUUUGAUGCUUGGUAAUCCAGUUACAGAAGACUUAUCAUUACUUAAUGCAACAAAAUCACCAGAAAAUGAAGAAGAUGUUUGGAUUUUAGAAAAAGAAGACAGUGUUAAUCAACUGAUACAACAUUGUAAGAAAUUGCUUCUACCCCAAAAUGAAGAAUGUUUUGGGGGAUGGGCGCUCAUUGACUGUGAUCCACCGUAAGUUGAUGUAAUGCUACAAGAUAUGGAUGUUAUAUUACUACUGACUCAGAGAGCUUACUACAUUGCUAGGUACGAUGAUGACGCUGAGAAGGUUACCCACUAUCAAAGAAUACCUAUAGAUGACCUAGAAAUGGUUGAGAUAGGUCCUGAACCUUCACUUUUUAAGUCAAAGUUCACAUGCUUGAGAAUACAUCACUGUUAUGGUAGUGAGGUUGGCUACUUUCACACGUUGAGGGCGCUACCAUCUAAAGCUGACAGUGAGGCUCGGGUAAUCUUUCAUACCAUAGUUGAAGCAUUUGCUACAUCCAGAGCUGCUAAUUCCCUGGGGCUGAAAGUUGUUGAUGGUAAAUUGGAAAGGAGGAAAAGCAAACCCCCUGAAGAGGUCAUUAGUAUAUCUUCACAGACCCGACUUUCGGCUUGGAUAAAAGAAAACCUUACUCGAGAAAUGGUUCAGAAAAAGCCGGUACCACCGCCACGUUCUCACCGUAGUGGUGCUAGCACAUUCACACCAAGGGUAUCAAGAGCUGGAGAUCAGGCGAAGGCUUAUAUAAAAAAUGUGAAAACUAAAAUAUCAAGUUUUAAUCCUAUUCGGAAGGUCAAACUGAAAAGAUCAGCAGGUGGUAGUACCUCGAUGAGGCAUCAAAAGGGUGUGUUGCCGCAAGACAGCACUGAAAGUAAAGACAGCACAGAGAUGGAGGCAUUUUCUCUUCCCCCAAGUAGUAGUUCAUCAGAUAAUGAAGACUAUGGUGUGUUGAUUGAUGGUAAUGAUGUUGCUGACGAUGUGGUGUGUAAUCUAAGCGAACAUUCCAAUGACGAUGAUUUGAGGGAUUUUGUAGACAAAGAAGUGGACACUGAUGAUAGUGAUAUUGUGCUGCCAAGUUGCGGUAUAAUCGCAGCCAGGAAAAGCAGCUUUAAUAACUCUCUGCAAGAAAUUGAUUUCUUGUCAUGUGAUGAACUGUCAGAUGAAAUAAGACGGAAACUUCAUGAAAAGGCAAUGCAAAGAUUAGAAAGGACAAUCAGUGUUAGCCACGAGGGCAGGGACUUAGCGGAAACAAUCAACUUUGAAUUGCUGGAGGAAGAAGCAUAUGUUAAGGAGCAAAAAAAGGGUGUGAAUUUUACAGUUGAUAGUGAUGAGGAUGAGCAGGGAGAGAUUAAAUUACUAGGAGCUUCUAGUAUAAAAUUUAGUAUUUCAACAGAACCGCUGAUUCCAAAUGGUAGGGAUUUUUGUCAGCAUGAUAGUUCUGAUGAGAUCCUUGAAGAUAUCAUUGAUGAUGUCCUAACAGAUGAUUCAGUUGAUGACUCACUCACUAGGACACUGGGUUGUGGAACAGCUCAGUGUGUUAAUGGUGAUGUCAACUAUAAUGGUGGUAAAGCUGAGCAAGUCACAAAUGAAUCGCUGUCGAUUACAUCAUCUACAGCACAAACUGUGAGCAGUGAAUCAUCAAGCCAACAACUGAAUGUGCUAUCAAUGGCAUCUAUUGAACCACCACGCAGUCCUGUUAAGUCACAAAGUGAAAACUGCUUGACAGAUUACGCCAUAUCAGUGUCAUCACCUGGAAGGAGUGACACCAAACCGCCAUAUUCUGGUGCAGCUGAAAUUGAAAGUAACAAUUCAUCCAUUGCUUCAAGCCCGACGGCGUCCCCCAUGAGUAGAAUACGUGAACAUAUCACAAGUAUCAAUCUUCCUCUGAUGAGGCGUGGCUCCCGGAGACAGAGGCAAGUCAAAAGCAUGGUUUCCCUAGAAAUGAGACUGAGAUCUAAGAAUUGUCUGACCCAAUUCAUACAACUAUAA